UUUGUCUGCAAAAUCGCUGACAAAAUCAUGGGGGAUAUCAUUGAUUACUACAGAUGUAGAUCAUGGUAUCGUGCGUGGAGAUGGUUCAGAGAGAUCUGCCCACUUAAGGUGUUGAUAUAUUUAAUGAACUAAUGCUCGUCUCUGUUUAUCUUUCCCACGUUUCCUUAUUGAUGCUAGUGUCAUAUCCUCUGGUUUGGAUUACUCUAAAAUAAAAAUGUAUAUAUUUAUGUGAUUGAUAGACUCAUGCUGCACAUAUUCAAAACAAAAUUUUUGGUGAUUUUCCCUCCAGGAUGCGAAAACCCAAGAGAGAGGAAAGCGAGAGAACCGUGGACGAAUGCCGGACAUUCGCGCGGGUCUGCCUCAUGGUGGUCAGUGUGUUUGUGGUGUGGGGCGUGCUCUAUAUGCCUCUGAGAAAUGUCUCGCAUGUGCCUCUGCCGGAGCACUUCUCCUGGAUGGUGACUCAGCGGGAUCUCAGCCGCUACAUUUUGCCGGACAACCUGACUAACCUACUGUCUCCCGGACCUCCUGGAUGCAAUGGCAGUGUUUUCUUGUCUGUCAUCGUGUGCUCUGCCGUACCCAACUUUGAAGCCCGGGCGGCCAUACGUUCUACCUGGGCUCAGGAUUCCAAGACCUUAAGGGGUGUCCGGGUUUUCUUCCUCCUCGGCCGCUCUUCCAAUCAGUCCCUCAACGCGGCCGUAGCCGAUGAGAGCAUCAAGCACUCCGAUAUCAUCCAGGAAGACUUUCUGGACACCUACAACAAUCUUACCCUGAAAUCCGUCAUGCUCCUCAAAUGGGUGGGUCAAAAUUGUGGGAAUGCGCGGUUCGUCAUGAAGACAGAUGACGAUAUGUUCGUUCAUUUGCCCAAUCUGUUUCGUCUCCUUCGGAAGAAGGGUCACGCCCGUUUGUUGAUGGGAUGCCUCAUCAAAGGAGCGACCCCUGUCAAAGACUGGAAUUCUAAAUGGUUUGUGCCUGAGGUCGUUUUUCCGGGUCGCGUGUAUCCACCUUACCUCUCUGGAACGGGAUAUGUCCUGUCCCAGGACACUAUACCCAUCCUAUACAGAACUGCCCUGAGUACGCAAUUUUUUUACCUAGAAGAUAUUUUUAUAACAGGCGUGUGUGCCAGCCGAGCCGGUCUCAAACCCGUCAACAACGAAGGUUUCAAAUUCUAUAAGCGGAAGACGGACGCUUGCACAUUCAAAUCCAUCAUCACUGCCCACAGAAUGUCUCCUAAAGAACUCCACGGCGUGUACAAGAAUCUGAGCAAUCCGUCCCUCAAGUGCAAGUCGUGAUCUAGUUUUCUAUUUGUUCCAGAAUCAAAGUGAGAAUUUAAAAAAAAUAAAUAAGAAGAAAACCGGCGGCCAUCCUACGUGUGUUUCUGUCCAAGGAGAGUGCUGUUAAUGAGUUGUGUGUUAUGAGAGUGUUGCGAAUGAGCCGUACUUAAUACUUAAGAUUGAAUAGCUGUGUGUGACCUGUAUGUAAGAAUUUUUAUACAUUCAUUAUAAAGUUGUUGGAGAUGUCCUGAAUUUCUGUUCCAGAUCCCUCAUCUGCUUUGAAAAAGAGCUUUCAAAAUUUUAAAAGCAUUCCGUUAUUUCGCUUAAAAUAAACUAAAAGUGUUUUUAAAGACUUAAGGAGUUUCUGUGAUAUACGAUAAAAUAUUGUGUAACUGUUAUUUUGUUGAUAAGCAUUGGAAUAGUAGUUCAUCUUGCCUGUGCCCACAUUUAAUGGUUUGUUUAUGGUAUUUUAAAAAAGUAAGCAUUUUUAGAUGAUAGUUUUUACUAAACAACUGAAGUUAAUUUUAAAGUGAUUUAUCAGUUGAAGGAUUCAAGAAACGAUUUCACAAAGAAUUAAUCCUUAAGACAUUUAACAGUUCUAUUGGAUUUCUAAUAACUCUUUGUCGCUCACAAAUGUGAAAGAUAAAAUAUGUGUAUUUGCUGAUUGCAGCAGGGGUGUUUGUGCUCCGGGGAAACCCCGGAAUUCCGGGGAUUUUGAACUUCGAUCCCCGGAAUUUCCGGGGAUCGUCGUUCAAAAGGAAGUAGGAAUAAUAAUGAAUUAUUUAUUUUGAUCUGGGUAAUUUUGUUUGCUUUUAAAGUAGAAAACGCAAGGUCAGUGUGUGUGGUGAAAACUUUUCCUUUCUUUCUCCAAAGGCAAUGAUAAUGCGUGAAAAGGGGGAAAAAACUUCUUUUUUGUUCUUUCCUUAUUGCGAGUUAUGACUCAUUCCCCCGGUUCUCGGACAUUCUCUUCUGGAUUCUUUUCGGCAAGUAGGCGCGGCAGAAAAAAAAGGGGGAGAUUUCGUUCGACCAGAUGUGCGAUAACGUGACUCUGGGUUCAAAGGUCUUAUCUCUACUGGCGUGGCGCCAAUAAGUAGAGAAGGGGGAUUUUUCGCCGUAUUAGCUAUUUGUCAUUGAUCGCUUCGGAACUUUUUUUUCUUCGCUGUGUAAAAUUUUCGUUUCAUUUAUUGAUGCACGUGUAAAUUUUUCGUUUCGCUUAUUGAAAUAUUUUUUUAUUUAUGUACGCAAGAGAAUUUCAUUUAGAAAUUUCAGCAUAUGAAACAGAAAUUACCCCUUAAAAAUUCAUAUCUAAUUAGUUUUACAGCAUUAGAUCCAGAGCUAAGAGGUAAAACCAGUACAAUAUUAGCUUUUGAAAAAUUAUCAUCUUUUAUGUCCCAUAUUUUUAGUGAUAAUGAAAAGUCAAAAGUAGAAGCUGAAAUAAGGUUAUACCAGAGUGAUAUUGAUAUCAAAAAAGAAAUGCUCUACACAUCUGAUGAAAGUGGAAAUCAAGUCAAGUGUACAAUUGAUAAAUAUUGGUCUAAAGUUUUUAAUUUAAAAGAUGAUUUCACAAAUGAUUAUAAGUAUCCUACAUUGGCUAAAUUGGUCAAAGCCUGCCUUAGCUGCUUCCAUGGCCCAUUAGUGGAAAGUGCAUUCAACUUAAUGGAUACACUUGUCACUGACUAUAGAACCUCUCUUAAGAUUGAUUCCCUAGAUGCAGUGCAGACUAUUAAAUAUGAUUUAAUGGCUUCUAAAGAAACCUCAUGUGAAAAAUAUGGCUCAAAAAAUCCAAUGACUGAUCCAAUUCACAAAGAUCUCUUACUGAAUAUGAACAGAAGUUGGAAAACAUAUCAAGAGGACUUAAAAACAUGUAUUUCAGAUGAGUCACCUAUAAAAGUCUCUGAAAAACCUUCUACAUUAGCAGAAAAGCAAACUGCUUCUACCUCUGCAUGUGCAGUUCUCGAGGAAAUUUCUUCAACUGUAAAUGAGGAAAUAAAAGUCAACCUUCCUGCAAUUAUGAAGUUCACCACAAAAGAAAGACAAGCCCACAAACAUCAGAAAAUAAAAAAAAAAGCAGCAGAAAUUAGAUAAUUUUUUUUAAAAGAAUUAAUUCAGGUAAUUUAAAAGAUUUGCAUAAAAUGUAGUAGUUUAUAUGUUUGAAAAUUUAUGGUUAUUAAUUUUGCAAAAAAAGUAAUUCAUUGAACUUUUAUAAUUAGGUCAUUCAAUACUUCAUAAUUGUAAUUUUUCAUUUCUCCCCCCCCCCUUCUCGAAACUCCAAAAUGCCGGUAGUAAGUCCGUAAAAGUUUCCGGGGAUUUUUUGGGGUCCCACAAACACCCCUGUUGCAGUCUUUUUAAAUAUUAUAUUAUUUGAACAUCAAUUGUCAAGAUUCUGUUUAUGUAUAUUUGACGAAGAGUAUUUCAACUGUCGUGUACGUUGAGCUGAUCCCCUAGCGCAGUUCUGCUACAUCGCAAAUCAUGCAUAUAAAUAUUCCAUCCUUCUGAUUUAGAUAUCAUUUGCACUUUUCCAUUGUUAGAACAUGAUUCUUUUGUAAGGGUCAGUAUUAAUUUAUAAUAAUUCACUGAUUUCACCUAAAGUACUUUUUUACGUUGUUAUUCAUUUGGAAUUGUUAAUAUCUGCUGCGAUGUUUCUAGUCAUGAUCAUAGUUAUUCUGAGCUUGGUGUUGGACUUUAGAGAAUUUUGUAGGUUAAAUCAAAUUUGCACGAGCGGUUCCCCAUUCAUAAGUUUUCAGAAUCCUGGAAAGAACUGAGCAGGUUCUUACCCAUUAUAAUAAUUUUAUAAAUUCUUUAAGUUUCUUUUUUUUUUUUUUAGUUAAAUGUUCAAAUUUUUAUGAAGUAUUUCAUUUCGUAGCCGUGAUAAUGAAUAACUUCGAAGAUAUAACCCUCCCCCCCCCCGCUUCCCUGUCAUAUCUAUGAGGUUCCAGAUAUGCUGUUGGUGUUUAAGAGUAGCUCACAUGACUUGUUCAUUCGUAUAUUGUCGUUUUAGUGGUUCAAAAAAUUAUUCUUACAACUACAAAAGUCUUUCAAAAGCUACUUUGUAAGACUUGGCGGUGUUACAAAAAUGAAAACUUUUUUUUUUCCUAAAGCUUUUUUUCGUAACUUCUGUAUCCGCAUCCGAAAUGUUUAGUGCUUGAAGAAAAAUAUUCAUGCAUUGUAUUAGGCAGUGGGAAUCCCAUUUGUCAUUUCAGUUCUUAUGUUAAAUGGUAUUCAUUACACAUCUGAAGAAUUGUUUCGCGACGAAAUUCAGAACAUCUCCUUUUGUUAUUUCCCUUCUAUCGGGGCUCGGAAUUUCAUUUCAGUUCGAAGCCGUUUCUAUUCAAAAGUGCUACAAUCUUCGCAGGAUUAGGUGCCAAAAGAUAACCAGUUACUAACUAUGAGAAAUUUUUAGGUCCUUGUGAUGAUUUUGCAUAGAAAGCAGCUUCGACUAUCAGAUGCGUUAUGGUACAUUUUAAGAAACACAUUUUAGUAGAAACACCCAAAUGUAAAAAAAAAAUUAUUCCUAUUGUGUCUUGGUCCAGCUAUACUCAAUUUUAUUCAAUGUGCUACAUUACGAAAACAUUACAUGCUUUUUCCGCUGACUUCUUUUCAUCGGAUAGUUUCUUUGUUCUGAGCUAUAUUUUUGUUGCAUAUAAUCUAUGCUGAUUUUUCAUUUAAAAAAAAAAGGAAUGAUAUAAAAGUAUUUAGUCUAUUUCAGAAAGAAAACGAAUUGCUAUUCAUUAAUUUAUUGGUGUUUUUUUUCAGUAAUUACAUUCGUAUAAAUAUCGCCACAGCCGAUCCUAUCUAUUAGAGUAGAGAUCUGCAAAUGUGAAAUAUGAGUAAAGCGUCAUUUCAUUAAUAUGACUGAAUAUCGCCAACAAGAGUAAAGCGUUAUAAUAAACUACUGGAAAGUGUGUCAAACUCGAAUGGCGCAUACAACCUGUACCUAAUGUUUUUGUGGCCCAUCAACUAUAAGAUUAUGUAACGAAAUGUUUAACACAAAUUUAGAUCCCCCCCCUCCCCUGGAAGACACCUCAAAUAUGGAGAUAAUAAGCUUCCGAAUUGAUGAUUGGCUCUCACUUCCCUGGUGAGUCCAAAAAUCAUGUAGGAUUGGCUAUCCUCUACCGGUGAUAGAACGUUCCUCCUAUGAAAGGGGCUGAACCAUAGCCACUGAUGGCCCUUGGAACUGAAUCUUAGUUCUUGUCAAUGUUGUCACCGCAUUCAGAUUUUUCUGUGACCUUUGGACGGCUCGGAGAAGCUGUUUAUGCUUAAUACAAAUUUCGUGGCUUAGUUUUUAAAAUUUCUUACUAUGCACACUUAUUAAUAACAAAGUGCGACUUUUAGCAAUAAUCGAUUAUUAUACCACGUCGACUCACCAAUGACAGCGUAUAUUUUAUUAGCUGAUAGUCAAAUAACAUCUAUAGUCUGUGUAUUUUCUGUAGGCGGUCGGUUCAAGAUCAAAUUUUCUAUCUCGUAACCGGUUGUCUGCCUCGCAACGCUGAGGCAGAUAACGGUGUCACUCCUUUUUUUCUUUAUUUUACACAGCUGUUAAGGUAUUCCGAAGGUAAGGUUUUCCCGAAACGUACUAGCGUGGAAAUAAAGCAAGCUUUGUCGAAACCAUGGCAACGGAGAAGGAGAAAGAGUGAAGAAUAGGGAAAAUGAGUGUCCUUAAAACGCCUACAAAAAUUACACAGACUUCUACUGUGUUUUUUUUAUAAUACUUUAUUACUGUCACGAAAUGAAACGCAUGGUGAAUCAGUAAUGAGAUAAGAUAUCAUGUAUUGUACACAAAUGAAGAGAUCCUUUAUUAUUCAAAUUUGAAACCAAAAUUCUGUGAAAAUGGGGAUGCCUGAGUUUUACACAUAUCUGUUUGUCAGGCAUGAAAAUUUUCGAAAGUUGGCUUAUAAUAUUAUCUCCGUAUUUGAAAAUCCCAGGCAAUUAUUUUCUUGUAUAAAAAUAAUAAGUAUCUUGUCUUGGGUCAACUUUGAAUUAAUCACUGAAGCAGGGAAAAGAUCCCUUUUGGUUUCCCAUUAACUCUACCGAUGUCCUUUUGCAUGCUGAUUUUUCAAAUAAGCCGUUCUUUGGAAUUGGGAGGCCCACAUUAAUUUACUUUAAUUAACAUCUUGGCCACAUCGGCGUACAAGUUUUUACGCCACAUGAACUCAAUGCUAAAAGUGAUUUCAACAAUAAUUCAUUCACAGUGCUUUUCUAAGAUAAAAAGGACAGUUCAUUGAACCAUGAUGUUUGGGUGCCGUUAUGAAAGUCCAAAGAUAGGCGAUCAGGGGCAGGCUCUUUUUACGGAACAGUUUUUAAUUGCUGUAGAAGAAUGUCUAUAGUCAGAUAUAUAAAUUUUCUUUUUUAUAGCAUUUUUUGUGUAUAAAAUACGAAUUGUACAAAAUUAAGAACCCUAUAUUUCCUUAGAUUUUAUUGAUAUUAAUAAUAAAAAGUCUGUCGUUAAUUGGGGUUGAAAUAAGUCUUAUUGUAUUUUAGUCGUAAUUAAUUUUAUGGUAGCGAAGUACUAUUUUAGCACUGCUCGGUGUAGGAAAGAUUGUUUACACAGCAUUUGAAUGCUGAAAGAUGAAUUAUUUAGUGAUGGAGGAAGGCGAAAAACAAAUAAAAUCCUGGUCACCAGACAGUAGCCAAAACUAUAUCGAUUUUUGUUUGUCGAGGAUUUUUAAAAUCUCCCGAUUUCCAUUUAUAUUUAAAUUAACUUUUUUAAUAACUUAUAUAAAAUGCUUUUUCCCAAUUUUUACUGCUGUAUAUAAAAAACUAUGUUAUACUAAAAUAACCUGAGAAAUUAUUUCAUUCUCAAAAUAAAUUAUAAAAUACAUUAACAGUUUUGCUUAAUCCCUUUCCUCUCCUGCUUUUAUUAUUAUUAUUUCUGUAGGAUUAAAAAAAAAAUCUCAUCCCCCUCCUAAUAAUUAGCGUCUCUGAUCUAAUCAAACAUAGAAUUGAUUUUCUCUUUUGAUCUUAAUCAAUAUGUUGAGUAUCGCUGUACCACUACCGGGUGUCAGUUAGUAAAUAAUGAUUUUAAAUCUGAAAUUUCCAGCCCUGCUGUUUUUAUCCGCGUGAAUUUAUGACAUGGAAUUAAAUACUUGUCUGUUUGUUCCAGUUUUCACCACUGACAAUGUAAUUCCAUACUUUUGUGAUAAAAUUGUGUGAGUCACGGUGAUUUACGCUGUUUUAAGUUUAUGAUGAAUUAGCUUUACGUUGAGAAAAUGAUGAACUGUGUGUUGUUCUUGUUAAACACAUGAGAUUUUAUAUAGAAAGAAAAUUGUAUUAUUAUCUAUAGAAUGUAUUUUUGUGUUUGAUAAUUUAUUCGAUUGAUAGAUUAGUUUUAAAAUAUAUGAAUACAUAUCAUUGUUCGAAAUCGCAAGAUUCAUUGAAAUGUUGUUUAUUGUAAAUUUCUCAUUUGUUCUGUUUGCUUUGCCAUAUUGUUUUCUGUAAAAUGAGUGGCAUAAGCUAAUGCCAUUGAUAAUAAAUUAUAAUU